CAUUUCUUGAUCUUCGUGUAUAUCUUGACUGAUCUCUGAAUCAUCACCUAACGUAAUAUAUUACAUAGAAAAACUCAGAAAUAAAGAAGAAUGGAAGAAUUAUGGUGUCUAUAAUGAUCAGUGGCGGACAGUAAACGUUUCUGUAUCAGCUGAUAGUGUUUGUUUACCAAGGAUGAGAACAGCGCGAUGGUCAUGUCCCUCUUGGCUAAUGUUUCUCGACCAUGUAUGCUCUACAAAGGCUCUUUAGAAAGACUGUGGCCAGUAUUAUGUCUUGUCUCUUCAGCUGGGAAGAAGACCUUGCAGCAAGAGCCUGAUCUUCCUAAGAUUCCCAGGAAACCUUUGUCACCUUAUAUACAAUUUCGUGUGAAUAAUCUGGAUGAUAUCCGAAGAAACAAUCCAUACUUGACUCAUAAAGAGGUCAACAAUAAAGUGGUGGAAAUGUGGCAGAGUCUCACCUUUGAAGAGAAGAACCUUCACUCUCUAGAGUAUGAGAGAAAAAAGACAGAAUAUAAUAUACUGUAUAAAGAGUUUGUAAAGAAGUUAGAUGCACUGACAGUAAAGCAAGCAUCUGAUGGCAGAGGAAAGAGAAAAGGCCGACUGAAACUGAAACCUGAGGAAGACUGGAAAGUUAUGAAGGAAAAGCUCACCAAAGAGACAGAGAAUGUUGUGAAAAAAGCGGAGUAUGAUAGGUUGGGGAAACCUAAGUAUCCAAAAAAUUCCUUCAUACUUUACCUAAAUUCAUUAAAGCAAGAUGGAAUUAAGUUGAAGAACCUACUACGUGAUGGAUCAGUAAUGUGGAAAGAGUUGCCAGAAGAAGAAAAGGAAAUUUUCCGACAAAAAGCCAAAGCACUUCAAGAGCAAUACCAAGCUGCCCUUCUAGUUUGGGAAACCAAGAUGUGGGAGAUGGGCAAGUGUGACCUAAUUCGCCAAGAGCAAAGGACACAGCUGAGACGAAGACAAAGACUUGGAGGAUCUUAGGAAUGUCUUACGUAUUGUACUGUAUAUAUAUAUAUAUAUAUAUAUAUAUAUAUAUAUAUAUAUAUAUAUA